UAAGGAGGGAUUUUGGCAAUCAGUUCAGACUGUGUAGCUCGUCAAAGUGCUGCGGGUUCAACAUGCUAACAUGCUAACUCGGGGACUUUUACCGACUUAAAAGGGUCAACAAAACAGGAGAAGCGACGGAAACGGCGGCCAUACGACCGGGUGGAUGCCGCAGGGACUGAUGGGAAAAUGUGGAGAAAGUUUUUAGGUUUUUAAAAUUCUAUGUGAGAGGCGCUUGUUAGCCUGCUAACAGCUAACCGAGCUGCUAGCAGUUUAAAAAAGUUUCUGGGGGACUGCAGGCGGAGGUAAGGCAGAGUCGGAAUUGGACAGUCAUGGCCGUGGAGGGCGUGAAGCACUCCCCGGUCCUCUCUGCCCUGUUCAAGAUGACCGAGGACUGCGAGUUGUUUGGAGCAGCAGAGUUUAUCAAAGAGCGACUGUACUUCGCCACCUUACGCAGCAAACCCAAAAGCACAGCCAACACCCACUACUUCUGCACCGAUGACGAGUUUGUCUAUGAAAACUUCUACGCAGACUUUGGUCCUCUGAACUUGGCCAUGUUGUACCGAUACUGCUGCAAACUAAACAAGAAGCUAAAGUCGUUCACUCUGACCAGGAAGCGAAUCGUCCACUACACCAGCUUCGACCAGAGGAAGAGAUCCAACGCUGCUGUGCUGAUCGGAGGCUACGCUGUGAUCUACCUGAAGAAAACUCCAGAAGAAGCUUACAGAGCUCUGAUCUCUGGCUCCAACGCCUCCUAUCUGCCUUUCAGGGAUGCUGCUUUUGGGAAUUGCACCUAUAACCUCACAGUGCUGGAGUGCCUGCAGGGCAUCAGGAAGGCUCUGCAGCACGGCUACUUUGACUUCGAGACGUUUGACGUGGACGAGUAUGAACAUUACGAGCGUGUGGAGAACGGAGACCUGAACUGGAUCGUCCCAGGAAAGUUUCUGGCCUUCAGUGGACCUCAUCCUAAAACAAAGAUCGAAAACGGUUACCCUCUGCACGCCCCCGAGGCUUACUUCCCCUACUUCAGGAAACACAACGUGACCACCAUCAUCCGUUUGAACAAGAAGAUCUACGACGCCAAACGCUUCACAGACGCCGGCUUCAACCACUACGACCUCUUCUUUGUAGACGGCAGCACGCCCAAUGACAUCAUCGUACGCCGCUUUCUUCACAUCUGUGAGAGCACUGACGGCGCCGUGGCUGUCCACUGUAAAGCCGGUCUGGGCAGAACGGGCACUCUGAUUGGCUGUUACCUGAUGAAACAUUAUCGCUUCACGGUGGGGGAGGCCAUCGCCUGGAUCCGGAUCUGCAGACCGGGCUCUGUGAUUGGCCCACAGCAGAACUUCCUGGAAGAAAAGCAGGCGUCGCUGUGGCUGCAGGGCGACAGUCAGCGUUCCCAGAAGAUGAAGCUGGAGGAGAAAGCAGUGCCUCAUCUAAUCACCAGCAUGAACGAAAUGUCAUUAAACUCCACCCACAACAGCAACAUGUCCAGAUCGCCGAGCUCCGACCAUCUGCUGGAGGGCGAAUUUACAGACAGCGGUCCAGGUCUGACGCAGGGAGACAAGCUGAGAGCCUUGAAGAGCCGACGUCCACCUCGCCCGGCCACCACCGGAGCCCUGAGGGUGGAGGAGAUGAAGAUGCACAGCCGCUCAGCCUCACAGCCUCUCAGGUUGUCGUUGGGGGUCGGUCAGGGCCCCACCUCUCCCCUCAAGUCCUCCAAAUUCCCAGCAUCCUCUGCUUCUGCUACAGCCAAAAGAAUCGGGAGGAACUCUUCAUCGUCGACUUCCAACAUCCGGAGCUCAGCGCUCGGCUCCCGAUUGGCCAGCUCUCUCAGUGAUCUGUACGCUGCCGACAUCCAGGAGGACAGGAAGGCUCCAUUUUCCUCUCUUCCUCCCUCCUCUUCCUCAUCCGUGUCUAUAAACCCCUCCCCCUCCUCUCUGGCCCCGCCCUCUCUGCCUUGCUAUGGAAACGGACCUCGCAGCAUGCAGCACGAGGUCAACAACAACGGCGGUCCGUACAGCAGCUCCGUGGCACCACCCGCAGGAAAAAGCUUCGUUCGAAUGGGGCCUCAGGACUUCAGCGCCUACAGGGGCCGAGGGGCCUACAGCGCUAUGAAGGGCCCCUCGGGGCGCUACCUGAGCCGCUCCAUACCUUCUCUUCAGACUGAGUACAUCCAGUACUAAAACCUGACCCGAAGACCCCGUCCACAUUACCCACAAUCCUCGGCUGUGCGGCUCUGAAAGGGAAGCGAAUAAACCAGCAGGAGUUUCUCUCAGGACUGAAUCUCCUCUGUUCUUACUGUAUGUAAAAGAGCUGAAUGUAAAUAUGAUGUAAUGUACACGCGUGUCUGGCUGAAGGUAUAUAUUUACAUGAAGAUAGAUUUUAUAUUUCUUAAUUGUGACAGAAGAGGACAUAUUUUUGUUUUAAAGAUAUUUUUUUUUUUUUUAUUGAUAAACUGAAGUAUCGCCAGUGGCGAAUCACUCCGUCGUCAUGGUUACAGUAUUUACGUCCUGUCUGAUCAGUUUACCAGCAGAUUAUUUGUUUUUGUUGACAUGUAUGAUCAGUGUUGUUUUUAUUCUAGUCAACAACAACAAUGAUAGUAGAAGAAGAAGGGACCCAAAACCGCUGAACUCAGGGGAUCACAGCUUGUGUGAGUGCGUGCGAGUGUGUGUGUGUGUUGACGUCCGUUCAGCCUUAAACAAGUUUUUAUAAAGACAGAAAAAAGCAGCUUUGUGCCUCUGGAUCAAUAACAUGGAUGUUUCCAUGAAGCACCAGCAGCAGCCACGUCUCUGAGACUGAUGGAGGUCCUGAUGCCCCGCCCACUGGUCAGGUGAUGUCACAGCACAAAAAGAGAACGUCGUCCACUUUCACACACAGACCUUCAAACCCACUGAUGUCAGAAAUUCACCAGUUAAAGCUUCUUGAGUGACAUUUUUAAUCCUAAUGAAGAAAGAACGAUUAAUUAGAAACUUAUGUGAUUAUUAGUUGCCAUGACAACACCAGCCAGUUUACAGUGAGAUAAAAAUAAAGAUUUUUUUAAUUUUUUCUUUCCGUAAGCUGCAUUUUUAUGGAAAUUUUGAAUCCAAAUUACAAAUGAAAAUCAGAGUUUUCCCGGUUGAGGAUGGAAAAAAAAUUUUUUUUAGAAGUUGGAGACGGACUGGAGUCAAAAACAAAGUAGACAUUUUUAUUUAUUUAUUUUUUUUGUCCUCUGCACGCUGUUAUUGGCUGGUGUCCGCAGAAACCUGACUAGAUGAGUUUUGCCCUCCUGCUGCAGUGAUGUUCAGGUGAGCUCGCUCCAGGUGACGCGGCCGGUGUCGAGUUAAACUCGAGGUUUAUUUCUGUGUGGACGUCGGCGUCAGUCGCUGGCUGCAGGUUUCUGCUGCGUGGACGAACAUCUCUGGAUGUAACUGCAGCUGAACGCAGCCUGUAAACAUCCAGCAGAUUGAUUUAAAUCUUCCGAUUCAUUUAUUAUUCCGUUCUUCAGUAGAAGUGCAUUCAGACACGAUUUCAGUCUGAAACUUUCGUCUUUAAACUUUUAAGAUGUUCCAGGAAGGACGACCAAAGUCUGACUGAUCGAUUAGACUCACGAGGAAACAAAAAGCUUGAGAAAUAAUUCUGGUGAUUUUAGGGGGAAAAAAUGUAUUUUCCUUUACAGUUAAACUGGCUCAAAGUGCCUAAAACAUGUUGCAGCUCCUCGUGUUUGAAUGAUGAACUGUGAGGAAAAGUUAAAGGCUUUAUUUUAACAUUGAUUCACUCUGAUGUGAAGAUAUUUAAAUGCUUGAUUCGCUGUUUAUUUACUCACAAAUGUCCUGACUAUUUAACGUCACACUGAAGUCUUUUAAGAGAAAAGUGAGAAAAUUAUGUAGAUUUUUUCUUUUAACCGACUGCAGAGUGUAUUUUUGAGCAAUAACAAUAAAAUAAGUAUUUUUUCCUCA